AUCUUAGACAAGCAGACGAGUCGAGCGGCGGUUAAGACAGAGGAGGAGGGAGCGGAAGGCUGCCACGAGUGGGAUUUUUCCUUUUCCCCUUUUCGUUCUCACUGCUUCUUGCUGCGGUUGAAAGGAGGUCAGUGACGCGGGGUGUUUUUCGUUGGCGGGAAGAUGAUCCGAAGCAGCUAAAGACCAGAAGAGGCGGCGGAGGGAGGGGGACGAAGCGGUGGUGGUGAUGGAGGCGGUGGUGGUGGACGCGGGAUCGAAGUUCCUCAAAGCGGGAUAUGCCGUUCCAGACCAGGAACCAACAAUAAUAAUUCCUACUAAGAUGAGAUGUAUUCCUGAAGAUGCGGAACCAGCUGAUAAGUCGGUUUCUGAUGAAAUCACUGUCGAUCCAGUUGUUAGGGGGUUCAUCAAAGAUUGGGAUGCCAUGGAAGAUUUGCUACGCUAUGUGCUUUACACAGGUCUUGAAUGGGAAGUUGGCAAUGAGGGGCAGAUCUUAUUUACAGAUCCACUUGCAACACCAAAGGUGGUUCGGGAGAAGUUGAUACAGAUGAUGUUUGAAACGUUUAACGUUUCAGGCUUUUAUGCAUCUGAACAAGCUGUGUUGUCACUUUAUGCUGUAGGACGCAUCUCAGGUUGCACUGUUGAUGUUGGGCAUGGAAAGAUAGAUAUUGCACCAGUUUGUGAAGGUGCUGUUCAGCACAUUGCCUCAAGAAGGUUUGAGAUUGGGGGCUCUGAUCUGACAAGAUUACUUGCUCAGGAACUCCAGCAGUCCAACCCAUCAAUAAAUCUCAACAUUGCAGACGUUGAAAAAUUGAAAGAACAAUAUGCAUGCUGUGCAGAGGAUCAGCGUUCCUACAAUGAGAAAAGGAAGGCAUGUCAGGUGGAGAAGCACACUCUUCCAGAUGGGCAGGAAAUAACUAUCGGGAAAGAGAGGUACACUGUCGGUGAGGCCUUGUUUCAGCCUUCCAUUUUGGGCUUGGAGGAGCAUGGUAUUGUUGAGCAGCUUGUGCGCUGCAUCUCAAGUGUUACAUAUGAGAACCAUAGGCAGUUGUUGGAAAAUACUGUGCUUUGUGGCGGUACUGCAUCCAUGGCUGGUUUCGAGGAGCGCUUUCAGAAAGAAGCACAUCUAUGUUCAUCAGCAGUUCGGCCAUUACUUGUAAAGCCUCCUGAGUACAUGCCGGAAAACCUAACAAAGAAUUCGGCAUGGAUGGGCGGUGCCAUCCUGGCCAAGGUGGUCUUCCCCCAGAACCAACAUGUUACCAAAGGAGAGUACGAUGAGUCAGGACCAUCAAUCGUCCACAGAAAGUGCUUUUAGACCUUUACUCUGUUUGUAUCUUAACUGAAGAGGAAAACCAUGGGACGCCUGAAGGGCGUUCAGCGUUUUGAGGUUAUUUGAGUUGGUUUUGGAAGAUGCAGCAUUAUCAUAUGCUUUGGAACAGCUGAUCUAAUUCAGUCUGUCUUAAGACUAGAUUGUGUUGUAUAAAGCCCUUCAUACCCUGAAGUAUCUUCCAAGAGCUGAGAAGCCCCUUUUGCUUUUCCAUCCCCCUGCACCGGCUCUCCCUACCAAAUGUUUCUGCAUUAUUUAUUCGGAUGGGGGUUUGCACAUUAAUUUGUUUAGCUUGUAUGAACAAUCUCUAUUAUGGGUACAAUGACAUUCCCAACAUUUUCA